AACCGUCCCAAGCACAGCAACAACUCAGCGACAGAAAUAUAGCUAAAAUGGCGGCGGAAAACAGCGCCGAAUUUCAGGAUGAUAAAGAAAUCCUCAUCAACAAGGGUGAUGUUCAAGAGGUACAACAAAAGAGCGGAGCUGUCACAGAAAGAACGACUGCCAAACCAUCCAAAAUGACACUGUAUCAUUGGACGCAGUCCUUCAGUUCGCAGAAGGUGCGUCUGGCCAUAGCAGAGAAGGGACUGAUCUGUGAGGAGUAUGAUGUCAGUCUGCCUCUUAGUGAACACAACGAGCCCUGGUUCAUGAGACUGAACCCGGCAGGAGAGGUGCCAGUCCUCGUCCACAAUGACAACGUCAUCACAGACCCUGUUCAGAUCAUGGACUAUCUAGACCAGAACUUCAGAGAUGAGGGAACUGCUAAGCUGAUCCCCGAGGAAGGCAGUAUGUACUACCACAGAGUCCAGCACUACAGAGAACUACUGGACUCUCUACAGAUGGACGCCUAUACACACGGCUCUAUACUCCACCCAGAGAUCACCGUGGACUCACACAUCCCAGCCUACGCCACCACACGUAUACGAGCGCAGAUUGGGAACACAGAGUCGGAGCUGAAGAAGCUAGCGGAGGAAAACCCAGAGCUAAAAGAUGCCUAUAUGGCUAAAACGAGGCGUUUGAAGCACAAGCUGUUUGACCAUGACAACAUGAAGUAUCUUAAGAAGAUUCUGGAUGAGUUGGAGAAAGUUCUGGACCAGGUUGAGACAGAGCUACAGAGGAGAGCAGAGGAGACACCAGAGGAGGGCAGUAGUCAGUCGUGGCUGUGUGGAGAGUUCUUCAGCAUGGCCGACGUCUCCCUGGCUGUCACCCUGCACCGCCUCAAGUUCCUGGGGCUUUCCCGCCGUUACUGGGGCAACGGGAACCGCGGCAACCUGGAGGCCUACUAUGAGCGUGUCCUGGAGCGCCCGUCCUUCCGGAGGGUUCUGGGUCACGUAAACAACAUCCUGAUCUCGGCCGUGCUACCCGCCGCGUUCCGGGUGGCGAAGCAACACGUGCCGGCGUUCGUUGGCACCACGCUGCUCAUAGGCAUCCUGGGAGGAGCCACGUACCUGGCCUUCCUUUACCUGAAGACCAGGAUGUUAAUUACCAGGUGGUAGAGGUGAGAGAGAAAGAGAGAGAGAGAUGGGAAGAGAGUGGCAGGGACAGAGAGAAAGAGAGAGAGAGAGAUGGGAAGAGAGUGGCAGGGACAGAGAGAGAAAGAGAGAGAGAGAGAUGGGAAGAGAGAGAGAGAUGGGAAGGGAAAGAGAGAGGCAGGGAGAGCGAGAGAGAGAGAUGGGAAGAGAGUGGCAGGGACAGAGAGAGAAAGAGAGAGAGAGAGAUGGGAAGAGAGAGAGAGAUGGGAAGGGAAAGAGAGAGGCAGGGAGAGAGAGAGAGAGAGAGAUGGGAAGAGAGUGGCAGGGACAGAGAGAGAGAGAGAGAGAGAGAGAGAGAGAGAGAGAGAGAGAGAGAGGGAAGAGAGAGAGAGAUGGGAAGGGAAAGAGAGAGGCAGGGAGAGAGAGAGAGAGAGAGAGGGAGAGAGAUGGGAAGAGAGGCAGGGACAGAGAGAGAGAGGGAGAGAGAUGGGAAGAGAGGCAGGGACAGAGAGAGAGUAAAAUAUGAGAAGAGAGAGGCAGGGAAGGAUAGAGAGAUAUGCUUAAACCCAGAAUGGGUUGCUUUACUCUGUAACACACAGCUACCAUUGCCCAUUGCUGUACAGUACAUUGUGGUGCAGUGGAUUGUCCAUAAACCAUAGACACAAUAGAAUAUAACUUUAUUGAAUAUAACUUUAUUGUUCACAUAAUGUGGACAUUUCUCUUUGCUCAUUGCAUUAUUUAAUAGGCCAAAUAUGCUUUUUCAGUCAUCUUUAGUUUGUGUGUCAGAUUGUCAGUUGAGUCUGUGGUUCCUCCUACCUUCUGACAGCUUGGCUUUGUCAGUUGAGUCUGUGGUUCCUCCUACCUUCUGACAGCUUGGCUUUGUCAGUUGAGUCUGUGGUUCCUCCUACCUUCUGACAGCUUGGCUUUGUCAGUUGAGUCUGUGGUUCCUCCUACCUUCUGACAGCUUGGCUUUGUCAGUUGAGUCUGUGGUUCCUCCUACCUUCUGACAGCUUGGCUUUGUCAGUUGAGUCUGUGGUUGUCAGUUCUUUGCUUGGUUAUACAGUAUAUUAACAGUUUAUUUACAAAAGGCUUUAUCCAUACAUACAUUUUUCACAUUUGCGUUUUUUCAUCAGAAGUGAUUGCUUAUGGGUACCUUAAUGUGUGUGUAAAAUAUGACUGUUCUGAGAUGUUUCAUAGGUUUUAGAUGUGUAUAAAAAUGUGUUUUUGCUAAAUGCUAUAUGUCCACAAUUUGCUGCCGUGUCGAAAUUAAACAGCUUUUCACUUGA